UUCCGAGGCUUCCGUGUGUAGAUCUAUGCUACCCGCUGUACGUUCCCGUGUGUGGCACAGAUGGGAGGACCUACAUUAAUUCCUGCUUCCUGGGAGUUGAAGCUUGCAAGAACUCUGACGAUAACCUGCGUGUUGACUAUAAUGGGAAAUGUGGUAAACUUUGAAGAGCAGAGAGUACAAG